AUGGAUGAAGAAGAACCGAUGCUGCUAAAGCAAAAAGGCGAAGAAACCAAAGUCCUUCCUCAAUUCCUGAAGCUAAACCAAACCCAAUGGUGGAUUCUUGUUUUCAUCAGCAUCUUCUUCCUCAUCUCUGCUCAAGCAGCCGCUGUUCUUCUCGGUCGGUUUUACUUCGACAAAGGAGGAAACAGUAAAUGGAUCUCAACUCUUGUCCAAACCGCUGGCUUUCCGAUUCUCUAUCUCCCUCUCUGUCUCCUUCCUUCGUCUUCUUCACACUCUUCUUCUUCUUCUCUCUGUUCUCUUACAAGGCUUGGUUCGAUCUAUCUUUCUCUUGGUCUCGCCAUUGCUUUAGACAAUCUUUUAUACUCUUUUGGUCUUUUGUUCCUCUCUGCUUCCACUUAUUCGCUUCUAUGCGCAAGCCAGUUAGCUUUCAAUGCUGUCUUCUCUAAAUACAUCAAUUCUCAGAAACUCACUUGCUGGAUUCACAGCUCAGUGGUUUUUCUCACUGUCUCUGCGGGAAUGGUUGCUUUCGACGAAGAUUCCAACAGUCCUUCACGAAAUUCCAAAUGGAGUUACAUGAUCGGGUGUACCUGUACGCUUGUUGCUUCUCUGAUCUACUCUCUCCAGCUCUCACUUGUUCAGUUAUCUUUCGAGAAGAUUCUCAAAAGAGAGACCUUUGCUAUGGUUCUUGAAAUGCAAAUCUACACGUCUCUCGUAGCCUCUGUCAUCGCUGUUAUGGGGUUGUUUGUGAGUGGCGAAUGGAAGAUGUUGAGAAUGGAGAUGAGAGAGUUUGACGAAGGUCGUCAAGUCAUCUAUGUUUUGACUUUGCUUGGGACAGCGUUUUCAUGGCAAUUCGCUUCUUUAGCAUCUCUGGCUCUCAUAUUUCUUGCGACUUCUCUGUUUUCGAACCUUAUUGGUACGUUGUCUCUGAUUGUGACGCCUCUCGCAGCCAUUCUGGUGUUUCAGGACAAGAUGACUGAGCUUAAGACCAUCGCAAUCUUCUACGCUUUUCUGAGUUCUUCUUCUUCUCUCUGCUUUCGUUCUCAAGGGAAAAGAGAAGCUAUGAACACUAAUCCAGUCUCUAAUGGGUUUGUGAAACCUGUUCUUACUGAAGAAGAGAAGGGAAAGGUAGAGGAAAUGAGAAAGCUGUUAGGUCCAUUACCGGAGAAACUCUCGAGCUUCUGUUCGGAUGAUGCGGUUUUAAGGUAUCUCCGAGCAAGAAACUGGCAUGUCAAGAAAGCUGCCAAGAUGCUUAAAGAAACCUUAAAGUGGAGAGUUCAAUACAAACCUGAAGAAAUCUCUUGGGAGGAAAUAGCUGAUGAAGCAGAGACAGGGAAGAUAUAUAGAUCAACUUGUGUCGAUAAACAUGGACGUCCUGUUCUUGUUAUGAGACCAAGUGCCGAGAAUUCGAAGUCGGUGAAAGGGCAGAUUAGAUACCUUGUGUACUGCAUGGAGAACGCGAUACAGAAUCUGCCACCAGGAGAAGAACAGAUGGUGUGGAUGAUCGAUUUCAGCGGCUAUAGCUUGGCGAAUGUUUCUUUAAGAACAACAAGAGAAACCGCUCAUGUCUUGCAAGAACACUACCCUGAGCGAUUAUCCUUCGCUGUCCUCUACAAUCCUCCCAAGUUCUUUGAACCAUUUUGGAUGGUGGCUAAGCCCUUCUUAGAGCCGAAGACGCGGAACAAAGUGAAGUUUGUUUACUCGGAUGACCCGAACACGAAGCAGAUAAUGGAGGAGAACUUCGACAUGGACAAGAUUGAGACAGCGUUUGGUGGUAGCGACGAGUCGGGUUUCAGUAUAAACAAGCAUUCAGAGAGAAUGAAAGAAGACGACAAGAAGAGAUUAGCUGCCUUGGAGGACAAUCCUUCCGCUUCUCUAGAGUCACUCAGUUUCUUAUCUGUCUCUGACGGCACCGCCUCUGAGGAUGUCUCCGAGGACGAGCAUCAACCUCGGAGAAACGGAUCUAUCCCAUGA